GUCUUUGGUUUGUAUUAUUUGUAAAGCUCAUCUCUCAUCUUUCAACCUGUGGCUUAAUUCUCAUCACAUAUAUAUAUGCAUGCAUAUGUAUCUAGCUAUUUCACUAUCAUACUCAAAUUAAACACAUUUUUCUAUAUCUCCUAUCUCUAUUAAUUCAAUUCAACUAUAUAAACUAAUUAUUAAGAUAUAUGGCGGAGGGCAAAACAGCUUCUCAGAAGUCUCUUGAGGAUUUCGAUCCCCAAAUGAAACCUAAAUCCAACAAGUUUGCUUUUGCUUGCGCUAUUUUGGCUUCCAUGACUUCCAUCUUACUUGGUUAUGAUAUUGGGGUGAUGAGUGGAGCAGUGAUAUACAUUAAAAGGGACUUGAAACUAUCUGACGUACAAAUCGAAAUCCUGGUAGGCAUCAUCAACCUUUUCUCCUUAAUAGGCUCUUGCUUAGCCGGUAGAACCUCCGACUGGAUCGGUCGCCGUUACACUAUCGUCCUCGCUGGUGCCAUCUUCUUUGCCGGUGCAAUCCUAAUGGGGUUCUCUCCCAACUUUGCCUUUCUCAUGUUUGCCCGCUUCAUUGCCGGCAUUGGCAUCGGCUACGCCCUCAUGAUUGCCCCAGUCUACACCGCUGAAGUAUCCCCCGCUUCCUCUCGUGGCUUCCUCACCUCCUUCCCUGAGGUAUUCAUCAAUGGAGGGAUAUUACUUGGAUACAUUUCAAACUUUGGAUUUUCGAAGCUUUCACUUAAAGUAGGAUGGAGAGUGAUGCUUGGAAUCGGAGCAAUUCCUUCCGUAAUCUUAGCCGUUGGAGUGUUAGCAAUGCCUGAGUCACCUCGUUGGCUCGUUAUGAAAGGAAGACUCGGUGAUGCUAUAAAUGUUCUCAACAAAACCUCUGAUUCCGAACAAGAGGCUCAACUUAGGCUCAUGGAAAUCAAAGCUGCAGCUGGAAUUCCCGAGAAUUGCAACGACGACGUCGUUUCAGUUAACAGAAACAACGAGAGGGAGGGUACUACUGUGUGGAAAGAGUUGUUUCUUUAUCCUACACCAGCAGUGCGUCACAUAGUGAUUGCUGCUCUUGGGAUUCAUUUCUUUCAACAAGCUUCGGGUAUAGACGCCGUCGUUUUGUACAGUCCUACUAUUUUUCGUAAAGCUGGACUUGAAUCUGAUACGGAACAGUUACUUGCAACUGUGGCCGUUGGAUUGGCUAAAACCGUUUUCAUCUUAGUGGCUACUUUUUUGUUGGAUCGGGUCGGGCGUAGACCGUUGUUGUUGUCUAGUGUUGGUGGAAUGGUGAUUUCACUACUCACUCUUGCGGUGAGUCUCACAGUCGUUGAUCAUUCGAACGUGAGACAUAUGUGGGCCGUUGGAUUGAGCAUUGCUUCUGUUUUGUCCUACGUGGCAACAUUUUCAAUUGGCGCGGGUCCUAUUACUUGGGUUUAUAGUUCUGAGAUUUUUCCGUUGCGGUUACGUGCUCAAGGUGCGUCUGCAGGGGUGGUGGUGAAUAGGGUGACCAGUGGAAUAAUUUCAAUGACAUUUUUGUCCUUAUCUGAUAAGAUAAGUAUAGGAGGGGCUUUCUUUCUGUUUGGUGGAAUCGCAGCUUGUGGAUGGAUCUUCUUCUAUACAAUGCUCCCUGAAACACAAGGUAAGACUCUUGAAGAAAUGGAAGGGUCUUUUGGUAAAUUUUGGAGGAAGUCAAAUACCAAGGGUACUAACAACGAUAAUGGAGAGAUCCAAUUCGCCAAUUAAGGACCAAUAAUAGUAAUGGUUAAGCUGAAUUAGUUGAGGCAAUAUGUAGUGCUUGUAGGGUUCAUUUCUAUUAAAAAAAAUAAGCAGUAAGGUUCAUUUGCAUGUUUUUCUUUAUAUUAGGCUAUUUACCUUUUCAAAUAAAUAAAAAAACUGUGUUUCAUCCACUUUAGGGAUGAGACUUGUAUGCGAAGGAAAAUCAUACUAUUAUGUAGGGUUUAUUUAAGUAUGAUUAUUUUUUAACUGCAA